AUGGCUUACUUUCAAAUGAUAAGGUCUAUUUCAUUCUUCAUAUUGGCAUCUUCCAUUUUCUCUGGUAUUCUCUUUGGAAUUUCAACAAGUUUUGAAAUACAUCUGCCUGACUGUGACAAGUCUGAAGAUAUGAUGGGCUGCACCAAUGAAUACUUUCCCGGCUGUGCAUCAGAUGGCAACACAUAUAGCAAUGCAUGUGCCUUCUGCAAUGAAGUUAGGAAACGUGGUGGUCAACUUAAAUUUAUUAGUUAUUUUCCAUGCUGA